AUGUUAGACCGGCGCCUUCACGCGUUCGAGCAGUCACGUUGCCGGCACGAAGGCAGUGAUCCCACGGCCGCCCAAACGUCGGACGACGCCUUGGUUUUCUUCCUGAUGAACCACAAGGAAGAUGCGACGAUUGCGCCCAAGGUCGAGAACGAUGGAGAAACAGACAUGCUGGUGGGAAUCAUUGUCCAGAGCGGGGACCCGCUCUCCCUGUUGGCGCAGAUAUCAAGCACCUGUCUCAACCUCGCCCACAACUGCUCGAGAGGGACCACAACGUUGCGCGAGGCGUCGUCCUAUUCGACGAGCUCCGCACUCUCUACCCUCGGGCGGCUGGAGCAACUCAUGGAUAGGAACAGGACAAAUCUUGCCAAAUUGAGACACGUCACCCAAGUCGACUUCGGGGACUAUCCUGUGUGCAGCUGGAGCUCACGCCCAGUGAAGGGCAUGGAAUAUCACGGGCGGAGCGCCGAACCCGUCAUCCUGGAUCCGGAGGGUUUCUCGUUGCACUCGGGCCACGAGGUAGAACUGCUGGAGGGCUUCAUGCUCGAAACCAGAAAGUGGGCUCUCUUCGAUAUUGCCAACCUACAUCCCUACCGCGACAAGCUUGAGGAUGCAGACGCGUUUCAUUCGAUAUACCUGGACAAGACUUUGUUUGCGUCCCUCAAAAGCGACUUUGAAGCAUAUUUUGCGAAGCGCAGGGGCAUACUAAACAUGCUGUCGAACUAG